CGAACAAAGGAAGAUCAUCCUUCGACAUCAAUGGUGCGUGCACGAGGUCGCGGCCGUGGGCAACCAAUGGGUAACGAACCCCCCCGACGAGAGCAGCACCUUGACGACGUGGAGGUGAUAACAGAUCUACAGCGGCAGAACGAGGUUAUGCGGCAGCAGAUUGCGGAACUCACACGGCGCCUGGCGGUGCGAGAUUUGGAGGAUCAUGAGGAGUCAGAUCAUGGCUCCCGAUCAUCGUUCGAGAACCCGUUUCAUCGCGAACCUUGCGGUCGUGAUUUUCGCGUCCGUGAUGACUAUCGCGGAGGGCUAGGGUUUAAGGUGGAAAUCCCUAGUUUUUCAGGAACCCUGCAGGUCGAUGAUUUCAUUGACUGGCUGAACGAGGUGGAUCGGAUCUUUGAGUACAAGGACAUUCCUGACCGUGACAAAGUGAAGCUCGUGGCGAUCAAACUCCAUGGACGAGCCUCUGCAUGGUGGGAACAGAUGCGGCGAUCUCGUGAGAAGAAGGGCAAACCAAAGAUCACUGAUUGGGAGAAGAUGAAGGGUAAGAUGAGGGCACACUUUCUUCCCUUCGGAUACACACAAACCCUAUUUCAACGACUCCAUACGUUGAGGCAGGGAACAGUGUCUGUUGAUGAUUACACCGAAGAAUUCUACCAUUUGAUUGCUCGCAACGAUCUGUCUGAAUCGGAGGAGCAGCUUGUGGCCCGAUAUCUGGCAGGCUUGCGUCAGUCGUUGCAGGAUGUUCUCAACGUCCAUUCACUAUGGACUGUUUCUGAGGCAUACAAAAGGGCCCUUGCAGUUGAGAAGCAGCAGAACAGGAAGCCAGUGACCAACAACCGACCGGCUCGACCCCAAGAGCCUCCUCGACUGACCACACAGGGAGUCCAAGGGACGCAGGGAGCUUCGAGUAGUACGAUUAAGUGCUAUCGUUGUGGUGAACCUUGACAUAGGGCGAAUGAAUGCAAGAAACCCGCUCUACAGAAGAGCAAGAGCCUGUUCGUGGAGGAGAACAUUGCUGUUGACGAUGAUGAAGUUGAAGAGUUUGGAGGUCCAGUCUAUGAUGAUUAUGGCCUGUGAAAUUUACAAUAGAAGAUAUUACCUAUGAGUAUGCUAAAACACACACAUGACCUUAAAAUCUCAAAAUGCACACAUUUACUUGUAAUAUGUAUGCGGCAUUAAGAAAAGCCUAAUGAGAAA